AUGAAGCUGGCAGCAAACCUUCUCUGUCUCUUGGUGUGCCUCACCGCAGUGACUUGUGACCGGGUCUAUGUCCACCCUUUCAAUUUGUUUUCUUUCAACAAGAGUACCUGUGAGGAGCUGGAAAGCCUAGCCCAGGAGGGAAAGAAAACUUUUGUCCCCAUCUCGAUUGAGUCUCAAGCCACACCUGCCUAUGAAGAUGACCUGAAUGACAAAGACAAGCUGGAAGCCCCAAGCCUGAGUGGCCGUGGGAGGCAGAAACUGAGCUACCUGAAGGACUUUGUGUAUGUCCUGGGCAUGAGGUUUUACAGCGAGCUGCGGGGAGCACGGCAGGGCCAAAAUGUGCUCCUGUCCCCAACCAGUCUUUACGGCUCCUUGGUGUCGUUCUACCUGGGCGCCUCAAACCAGACAGCAGCAGAUUUACAGGGUUUGCUGGGGUUUGUUCCUCCCUCUGGAGACCCUGACUGCACUUCCAGGGUGGAUGGACACAAAGUGCUUUCCAGCCUGAGGACAAUCGAAAGCCUCAUCAAGAGCCAGGAGGAGGGGCUGCUCUUUUCCAAGGCGCUCUGCCUGUUCUCUGCUCCUGGCCUACCUCUAUACCAAGCAUUUGUGCAGGACUUGGUCCCCUCCACUGAUGUCCUCUACGCCAGAGCUGUUGACUUUACAAACCCAGGCGAGGCAGCAAAACAAAUAAAUGCCUUCGUGGAGGCCAAAAGCGAGGGCCAAAGCAGGCACUUACUGACAGACACAGAUCCAUCCACUGACCUGCUCUUCGCGAUGGACGUCCGCUUGGCAGUGAAUGUGAAGCAAGCCUCCCAGCUCAAAGAGCCUCAGGAGUUCUGGGUGGAUUCGAACACGAAGGUCUUGGUCCCUAUGUUGUCACUCACAGGAACAUUCAAGUACAAAACUGAUGCCAGUGGGACUUUUUCUGUGGUGGAAGUGCCCAUCAGCAAGACUGCACUUCUGGUGCUGCUGCAGCCCAUGGAUGGCAGCACCCUGGAGCAGGUGGAAUCCCAGCUGCCGUUGCAGUCCUCGUCCUGGCUUCAGCAGCUCUCCCCAAGAGAAAUUAAAUUAACGCUGCCGGAAUUAACAGUAGAAGACAGCUCUGAUCUACAGGAGCUUCUUGCAGAUAUGGAACUGCCUACACUACUGGGGAAGGGGGCAGAUCUCAGUCAAAUAAGUGACUCAGAUCUAACAGUUGGAAAGGUAAUAAAUAAAGCCUUUUUCAAACUGACCAGUGAUGGAACAGAUCAGAAAGAUGACCCAACAGCACAGAAGGAAGACUUGGUGUUCCUGGAAGUAACAUUGAACAAGCCCUUCCUUUUAGCUGUUUUUGAAGAGAAGUCACAGGCAAUGCUUUUCCUUGGCAGAGUAACCAACCCACUGCAUAGCGUUUAA